AUGGCAGAUCCUCGCAACGCCGAUUUGACAAAACGACGUUUACAUGUGCAGAGCGCCGAGAAUUCGCAGGGUGCAUCCGCCCGCGGCACUCUGCGCCGCAAGGAGCACAGAAAGGUCCUCACUCAUCACCUGUACUUCUGCAUGCGGGACUUCGGCCACUCGGUCGGCGAGGACACCGAGAUUUACUUCUCUCUAUUCGAUGCCAAGCGGCAGCAGUACCUGAGCGAGCGCUUCCUGGUGCGCAUCAGCAAGGAGGGCUUCUCCAAUUACGUGGAGAAGAUGCACAGUAACUGCACCAUCUUCACGGAUCUGGGCAACUCCGAUCUGAGCCGCGAUCUUUACAUGGUCGCCCACGUGAUGCGCUGCGGCCGGAUGCUGUACUCCGAUUCCGGCAAGAACAAGACCGGAACGACGACUUACAGGCGGCCCCAUGGGGUGGCGGUUCUCUCCCUGGCGGAAGCCGCCCAAGAUCACGCGGAGGAACUCGAGAUGACCUUCAAAGUGUAUCAGGGAGAAGAAAAGGAGUUUCAUCAGCUGCACGAACAAAUCAUACGUAACAACAAGUGCUCUCCUCUACCCGGACAGCCCAAUUAUGGAAUAGUUGUGUCCCUUCGUAUCCUGCACGGCGAGCUGUCUCAAGUGCGGGAAGAGAAUCCGUUGCUGUUCAAGAAUAUUUGCCUCACGAAGAAGCUCGGUUUCUCGGACGUUAUUAUGCCGGGCGACGUGCGUAACGAUCUGUAUCUCAAGCUGGAACGGGGUGAAUUUGAACGCGGCGGAAAGUCUACUGGCAAGAAUAUCGAGGUGACAAUCCAGGUCCUAGACACGGACGGCCAACCGUUGGAGGAGUGUCUGUUUGGAGCCGCGGGGACGGACGGUAGCUCCGAGUAUCAGAGUUUGGUCAUAUACCAUCACAACAGCCCGUCGUGGGCGGAAACUGUGAGGCUGGCGAUACCCAUCGACAAGUUCUACGGGAGCCACGUGCGUUUCGAGUUUCGGCACUGCUCCACGCGUGAGAAGAACGACAAGAAACUUUUCGCCUUCGCGUUCGUACGGCUAAUGGAGCCCGGAGGUGCUACUCUUCAGGACGGCCCGCACGAGUUAUAUAUUUACAAAUGCGAGGAGCGCGCGAAAUUGGAUUCCUUGAGUUACCUGUCGUUGCCGAGCAGCACGAGGGAGCCAUGCGCCUCAGGUCCACCAACUUUUUCCAGGUCGCCCAAGGAGACUGUAUUCGUGCACACUCUGCUCUGCAGCACCAAGCUGACGCAGAACGUCGAUCUGCUCAGCUUGUUGCAAUGGAAGGCCCAUCCUGACCGAAUAUCCGAGGCUCUCGGCCGCGUUCUACGAUUGGACGGCGAGGAGCUGGUUAAGUUCCUGCAGGACAUUCUCGACGCGCUCUUCGCCAUGUUUCACACCGAGGACGGCAACUCCACGGCGCACUCCGGCCUGGUGUUCCAAGUACUCGUGUCUAUCUUCAGCCUGUUGGAGGACUCCAAGUUCGAGCAUUUCAAGCCGGUGAUGGACGCCUAUAUUUCGGACCACUUCGCCGCGGCUUUGGUGUACAAGGGCCUUCUCAGCAGCGUGCAGCACUGCGCCGAUUGGGUGACCGCCGCGGAGAAGCAGGAGCCGAUUAUGAAGUGCUUCCGCUCUCUCGAGUACAUCUUCAAGUUUAUCAUUCAGAGCCGGCUGUUGUUCGCCCGCGCGACCGCCGGCCAGUACGAGGACAGCUUCAAGCGCGACCUGUACUGCGUGUUCGCGGCCCUCAACAAGAUGCUGGGCAUCCCUUUCGAAAUGGUGCUGCUGUCGCAGAUCGCGCUGCUGCUGUCGAUCGCGGCGGUGUUCGAGCAGCUGGUGGCGGUGCUGCCGGUCCUCGAGGUGACCAAGCUCACCUGCACGAUGCUGGACUCGGUGCCGCGGGAGCCGCCGCUGCAGCUCACCCAGGCCAAGUUGGUCGCCAUUAAAAAUCUCACCUCGUCCAGCCUGUUCCGCAAGGACGACGAGAGUCGGAACAUGUUGCUCGUCACUGUAUGCCGGCACUUGCGCAUCCAUCUGGCGCGCAGGGAGGAACUGCGCUCCUGCACCGACAUCCUGGGCGAGAUACUCAGCUUCCUGCACAAACGCGGCAGGGACACGAACAAGGUCAACAACUGCAUACACCACGACGUCGAGACGCUCUGCCUGUCGGUGCUCGAUGUGCUCAUACAGACGAUACUGAUCGUGAUAAAUGCCAACGGCCCGGUCCUCGGCUGCCUCGUCGCCUGCCUCAUCGGGCUGCUUCAGCUGCUGGACGAGUACCAUUACGCGCGGCUCUGGGAAGAGUUGACCCACGGCGGCGAUCGCAAGCCCCUCAAGGACUUUCUGCUGCGGGUGUUCCUGGUGCUGCGGGAUCUCGUGCGCCAGGAGGUGUUCCCGCCGGACUGGCUGGUCAUCAGGAUGCAGGUCAACAACGUUAUCCUGCGGGCGCUGCAGGAGCUCGCGCAGCCGCUCGCUUUCCGCUUCCUCCAGGGCAGCUUCGACUCGCAGCUGUGGUCCACGUACUUCAACCUCGCGGUGGCUUACCUCACCCAGCCGUCGCUCCAGCUCGAGCAGUUCUCCGAGGUCAAGCGGGAGAAGAUCGUGGAGAAGUACGACGACAUGAGGGUGCUCAUGGGUUUUCAGAUACUGUCCAUGUGGUCGCACCUGGGCGAGCGUAAGCUCGAGUUCAUACCGGGCAUGGUGGGGCCGUUUCUCGAGGUCACUCUGGUGCCGGAAAGCGAGCUUCGCAAGGCCACCCUGCACAUCUUUUUCGAUAUGAUGGAGUGCGAGCAGCGGGCCCGCGGGAGCUUCAAGUCUGUGGAGUCCGAGCUGAUUGACAAGCUCGACAUUCUUAUCAGCGAGAAUAAAGGCGACGAUGAGUACAGGCAGUUGUUUAACACUAUGGUGAACCAUUUUAAUCUAUCCAGUCGAAUAUCUCCUAAAACGCGAGAUCUCUCUCGCGUGUGUAACAUGGGGAUACUUUUGCUCUUCCUGCAGAACUUCUACAAGAAUGAGUUCAACCGGAAGGAGAUGUACCUGCGCUACAUCUACAAGCUGCACGAUCUACACCUGGCCGCCGAGAAUUACACGGAAGCGGGCUUCACGAUGAAGCUCUACGCCGAUCAGCUGGGCUGGGGCUCGACAAUUCUGCCGCCCGAUCACGCUCAUCCCCAGCAACCUGAGUGGCAGCGCAAGGAGCUGCUCUAUCACAAGAUCAUUCAUUAUCUCGACCGUGGCAAGUGCUGGGAGAAGGGUAUACCCCUGUGCAAGGAGCUCGCGAUCUUGUACGAGUCCCGGCUGUACGAUUACGCCAAACUCAGCCACGUGCUGAAGCUGCAAGCCAAGUUCCUGGACAACAUCCUGACGCAACUGCGCCCGGAGCCCGAGUACUUCCGCGUUGGAUUUUACGGUCUCAGCUUCCCACUUUUCGUCAGAAACAAGUUGUUUAUUUAUCGUGGCUUGGAGUACGAACGAAUAGGGGCGUUCACGCAACGGCUGCAGACCGAAUUUCCAUGCGCGCAAAUUUUAAUGAAGAACUCCCCGCCUGACGAGACUAUCCUUUCGUCUGAGGGUCAAUAUAUCCAAAUUUGCAAUGUGAAGCCGAUUCCCGAGGAGGGCAGCCUGGCCUGUAGCGGCGUCGAAGUUCCCGAACGCGUGGUCGCUUUCUACCUGGUGAAUGACGUUCGCAGGUUUACGUUCGACCGACCGCUCCACCGGGGGCCGGUGGAUCGUGAGAACGAGUUCAAAUCACUGUGGAUCGAGCGAACGAUGCUGAUGACGGAGGCCAAAUUGCCGGGGAUCCUCAGAUGGUUCGAGGUGAUCGAGAAGCGGUCGGAAUUGCUCGCGCCGGUGCAGUACGCCUGCGAAACUAUGCAGAGCGUGGAGAGGGAGUUGAGGCGGCUGGUGGCGCAGUACACCGCGGAGCCGCAUAGAAAUAUCAAUCCGUUCAGCAUGCGGCUGCAGGGUAUCAUCGACGCUAACGUGAUGGGCGGUAUCACCAAGUAUCAGGAGGCCUUUCUCACGCCCGAGUUCGCCCGACAGAAUCCCGAGAUGGUGCCGCAUGUUAAUCGCUUGAAGGGACUGAUACUGGAUCAGAUGAGCGUGUUGGAAUCCGGCCUGGUGUUGCACGGCCAGAUCGCGCCGACCGGGGUCCAGCCGUUGCACAAGAGGCUGAUCGAGAGAUUCACGCAGCUCAAGCAAGGCCUCGGUCCGCUGGCCAGACAGAGAACCAUUCAUCAGGACAGCAUCGUGAAUUCGCCCCUACCACCCUUGCCGGUCAACGACAAGCAGCGUCCGGCCACCUUGGAGACCGUCGGUUCCAGGUCGUCGCACGCCGACAGCGACGGCCUUCCCGAGGACGAGGGUUUCUACACGAAAGUGGACGGUGUACCGCCACCUAUUCCGCAGCGGGAAGUACGGCCGCGCUCCGUCGGCUAUGGCACAACCCCGCCUAGGCCCACGCAUCAGCGAUCCCUCAGCAAGCCGCUGAGUCCGAAACUGCCAUUGAGGCAUUCCUUGCCCACUCCUACGGACGGCGUGGACCAGAGCGGCCUCAGAACUUCGUGGAGCGAGCCUGGACCUGAGCCCGCUCCUCCGCUACCACCCAGGGGUUGCAACACUAGCAAUGAUCAGAUUAAUUCUCUUUCACAGGUGAGCCCGCCACCGAUCCCUCCCAAGGCCCAUCAGGACACUCCUUCAGCUCCCUCGACCCUCGAGAGAGUAUCCAACCGAACGCAGAGUCACGGCCACUCGGAGAACUAUUCCGUGCCGAAGAUGCAGACGCUCUCCGUGGCGUCCGACACGGAGAGCACCGUGUAGUGACGCUAUCCUCCCCCUAGUCUCUAGCGGUUAGUAUUUUAGUGAUGUGCAUGUGCCAUUAUGGUCAGGCGCGAAUCCUGUACUCAAUUUAUUCCCUCGAGUCGUCGGGAUUCCUCUUAGAACGGUAACUUAAGAUAGGCAAUAAGAUUUAUCAUCGUCGUCAUCGUUGUCGUUGUCGUCGUCGUCGUCGUCGUCGUCGUGUCGUAACAAGGUGUAACGUGGAGAGGCGGACCUUAGACUUCGUCGUCAUCGAGAUUUUUGACUUUUGCACAUGGACCGACUCCGCACGUAGCUGACAGCAAAACUUUGGGAACCGAAUUAAACCGUAAACUUGAUCCGAAAGAUCGACAUCGAACUGAUCCGGUAACGUAAUACGAAAA